AUGGGUAAUGCGACUUGCUGCUCCAAGGAUGAGUCCAGCAACACGGACCUUCCCGAGCAGAAGGAUGCCAAGCCUACCGCUCCGGAAACCGCCGUCGUGGAGGAAGCAGUUGCUCCUCAGCCACGUGAUGGAGAGUUCAUCAUCAUCCUGGACAAGACCAAUGGAGAGCGUCUGGGCAUGGAUGUGGAUCACGAGGACGGUCGUACCCUAGCCGUCGACGCCAUUACUGGCGGCCUCAUCGAGAAGUGGAACAUGGAGCACCCAGAGAAGGCCUUGAGGCCGAAGGACCGCAUCGUGGAGGUCAAUGGCUUGCGCGGGGAUGUCCUGCAACUCGUGGACGAGUGCAAGAAGCCGAAGGUCCUGACAAUCUACGUGAAACGAGAGUCUCCGGCCUAA